UCUAAUUAGGCAUUCAUAAAAAUGCAAUCUUUAUUUUGCAGUAAUAAUUUAAUAAAGCAUUUACUCAGCAUGAUUGAGUUCUUGAAGUUAAAUAGCAUUAGUUCUUGUGUGUGUUUUUCCACCAAAGCUAAAAGUUUACAACUUUAUCAAUGAAGUUCUACUUUUACAAGAUUUGUUCUUUUUUUGUGUUUUGUAUAAGUGUUUGUUAUGCAAUAAGUCUACCUCCUAAUAAGUCUAUUCCAGCAGUGUUUGUUUUUGGAGACUCUAUUGUUGAUACUGGUAAUAAUAAUGGCCUUAAAACUAUAGCUAAGGUUAAUUAUCCUCCUUAUGGUAAAGAUUUUAUGGGAGGAAUACCAACUGGAAGGUUUUCUAAUGGCAAAGUCCCUUCAGAUUUCCUUGUGGAAGAAUUGGGAAUAAAAGAUCUUUUACCAGCAUAUCUUGAUCCAACUUUACAAUCAGAAGACCUUAUCACAGGAGUUAAUUUUGCUUCAGGAGGUGCAGGAUAUGAUCCUCUAACAUCCGAACUCGCGAAAGUCAUCUCAUUAGAUGGCCAAGUGAUACUAUUCAAAGAGUACAUAGUAAAGCUCACAGAGUUAGUUGGAGAAGAUAGAAAGAAUGAAAUCUUGGCAAAUAGCUUAUUCAUGUUGGUCACAGGAGCCAAUGACAUUACCAACACUUAUUUCGGAAUGCCUCUUCGAAAAUCAUACUAUGAUGUUCCAUCAUACGCUGAUCUCUUGGUCAACUUUGCUUCCAGUUUUGUACAGGAUUUAUACGGUCUAGGGGCACGUCGUAUUGGUAUGUUUGGCAUACCACCAAUCGGAUGUUUGCCAUCGCAAAGAACACUGAAAGGAGGAGAAGAAAGACAAUGUGUUGAUAACUUGAACCAAGCAGCACAAUUGUUCAACAACAAGUUGGAAGCUUACUCAAGUUCUCAGGGAAACAAGUUACCUAAUUCAAGAUUGGUGUAUGUAGAUACAUACAAAGUGCUACUUGAUGUCAUCGACAACCCUCAACGAUAUGGAUUCAAGAUUGCAGACAAGGGAUGCUGCGGGACGGGGAAAAUAGAAGUUGCAGAGUUAUGCACAUAUACAUGUUCCAGUGAUUCUGAUUAUAUUUUUUGGGAUAGUUUUCAUCUUACAGAGAAAGCAUAUAAACUUUUAGUUCAUCAAAUUCUUGUCCAACAUUUAAAUAGCUUCUUCGCAGACAUGAAUGUACCGCGUAAUAAGUCUAUUCCAGCAGUGGUAGUUUUUGGAGACUCCAUUGUUGAUACCGGUAACAAUAAUGGCCUCACAACCAUAGGGAAGGUUAACUAUCCUCCUUAUGGGAAGGAUUUCAUGGGAGGAAAACCAACUGGAAGAUUCUUUCAUGUUUAUCUUAUUUCAGUGGAAGAAUUGGGAAUAAAAGAGCUUUUACCAGCAUAUCUUGAUCCAACUUUACAAGCAGAAGACCUCAUCACAGGUGUUAAUUUUGCUUCAGGAGGAGCAGGAUAUGAUCCUCUAACAUCUGAAAUCGCGAAUGUUAUAUCAUUGUCUGGUCAGUUGAAAAUGUUCAAAGAGUACAUAGUAAAGCUCAAAGAGAUAGUUGGAGAAGAUAGAAAGAAUGAAAUCUUGGCAAAUAGCUUAUACAUAUUGGUCGUAGGUAGCAAUGACAUUACAAACACAUACUUCAGUACGCAACUUCGAAAAUCCUACUAUGAUAUUUCAUCAUAUGCUGAUUUUUUGCUCAACUAUGGUUCUAGUUUUGUAAAGGAUUUAUAUGAGAUAGGGGCACGUCGGAUUGGUGUUUUUGGCAUACCACCAAUCGGAUGUUUGCCAUCGCAAAGAACACUGAAAGGUGGAGAAGAAAGACAAUGUGUUGAUUAUUUGAACCAAGCAGCACUAUUGUUCAACAGCAAGUUGGCAGCUGAUUUAAGUUCUCUGGGGAACAAGUUACCUAAUUCGAGAUUAGUGUAUGUUGAUAUAUACAAUCUUCCACUUGAUGUCAUCAACAACCCUCAAAAAUAUGGAUUCAAGAUUGCAGACAAAGGAUGCUGCGGGACAGGGCAAAUAGAAGUUGCAGAGUUAUGCAGAUUCGCGUGUUCCAGUGAUUCAGAUUAUGUCUUUUGGGAUAGUUUUCAUCUUACUGAAAAAGCAUACAGGCUUUUAGUUCAUAAAAUUCUUGUCCAACAUUUAAGUAGCUUCUUCUGAUAAAUUUACAUUCCAACAUAGCGUGUUUAAGACUACAAGAUUAAAGCAUAUUUUGGUACAUUCAAUGUAUCUUUAUUUUAAAACCACAAGAUUCCUAAGUGUUUACUUUUUUAACUA